UAAUUUUGUGAACGGUGUUUUUCACAAAAAUUUUGUCAAGCUGUUCGCGCAUAGGGAAGUAGACGAUAUGUUGACGAUGGAGUCUGAUAUGAAAGGUGGCAUACUGCAUGCGACAAUGCCACCCCAUCAUCCGUCAUCAUUGCAUUCACCGUCGCCGUACAGUUCAUUAGGAUCGCUGAGCAUGAUGAACAUCGGCCAAUCUCAAUUAUCACAAUCACAACUAACGCAUCAAUAUCAACACAAUACAACUAGUUCAAAUAUGUUAAAUCUUGCCACACAACAUCAUUCACAAGCCCAUAAUACCCAUACAUCACCGUUGCAUCAUUCAGGUCUAUCGCCAGUCAGUUCAAGCCAACAACAACAGCAACAACAAACACAGCAACAAACACAACAACAAACAAACACCGCGCUAGGUGGACAUCAUAUUUCAUCAUCACAAUCACAUCCACAUGGCCUUACAUCAAACAAUAACAAUAAUACAAGCAACAAAAAUCAUAAUGUUGAACGUGUGAAACGGCCGAUGAACGCAUUUAUGGUAUGGUCACGUGGCCAACGUCGCAAAAUGGCAUCAGACAAUCCAAAAAUGCACAAUUCCGAAAUAUCAAAACGCUUAGGCGCCCAAUGGAAAGACUUAUCGGAAAGUGAGAAACGUCCAUUCAUCGAUGAAGCAAAACGUUUACGUGCCGUACAUAUGAAAGAUCAUCCCGAUUAUAAAUACCGGCCACGUCGUAAGACAAAGACUCUAACAAAGAGCAAAGACAAGUAUCCACUUGGUGUUGGUUCAUUAUUACAAUCGUCCGAUCCAAAUGGAAUUCGUAAUACAAAUUCAAUAUCGGCCGCUGCUGCUGCUCAACAAGCCAAUCGCGAUAUGUAUCAAAUACCACCAAAUGGUUAUAUGCCAAACGGUUACAUGAUGCACGAUCCAUCAACGUAUCAAAAUCAACAUGCAUACAUGAGCAAUUAUCAUGGUUACGAUAUGAGCCGAAUGCAUGGCGCAACAGCCGGCUCAUUAAAUUCAUAUAUGAAUGCAACUGGUUAUGGAAUGUAUGGCACUGUAUCUGGCGGACAAACAUCACCGUAUGGAAGUGUUGGACAACAGCCCAGUUCACCGUAUGGUCAACAACAGCAACCAGCCUCACCUUAUGGCGGUAUUCAACAACCAGGUUCACAAUUAUCGUGCCAAAGUCACAGUCCAAGUGAUUCUAGUGUUAAAUCGGAACCAGUAUCGCCGAGUCCAAUGCACGAUAUGCGUAAUAAUUCAGCGGCCGCGGCCGCUGCUGCCGUUGUCACAAAUAAUAAUCUCAUGAAACGCGAGUACCAACAUUCGGGCAUCGGUACUGGCGGUGAUGGCAUCAAUAAUAUUAUCAAUAUGUAUCAAUUACCUGAAUCAAUGCAAACAACUGAACAUCAUCGAAAUUUAAUGCACUACCAAAAUAAUUUAUCGCCUUCCGAUUUGCAUCAAAAUCAAUUACGGCAAAUGGCACCGUUGCCAAACAUGUGAGAUUCAAGCAAUGAUCGCAGUUUUCAACCGCAGUCAUCGAUUUAUGAAAAUAAUUUAAUUUGGUAGAAUGAAACAAAAAAAAAAUUUAACAAUUUGAAAUGAAAAUUUACAUUGUAGGUAUAUUAUGAGAGAAAGUAAAUAAAUUGUGAAAUGAUUUCAAAGUAAAAGAAAAAAAAUGAAAGCACACAAUGCGACACAGAUAAAUCAGUGAGUAAAAAAAUAUGAAUGCGAGAAUAUAUUUAGUUUAAAAAUUGAAAAUAUUCAAGAAAACAAACGAUUCUCUUAUUCGAUUCUAUAAUUCAUGCGAACCGAUAUCAAGUAUGCAAUAACUACUUUUUAUUUUGUUUUUUUUUUAUAUAAAUAUUUUUUUUUAUUUCAUGAAAAGUCCUUCAAACUCAUUUGACACGUAAAUUCACUUCUUUUUUUGAUGUAAAUUUGACACUUGUCUUUAAUUAUUUGAAUUAUUAUUGUGUACAUCGGUCGCUUUUAUUACUUUUUUUGCUGUUCUUAGGCACAUACACACACACACACAAACACAACUUGUAUACAAACAAAAAAAAGAUGCGUUAUUAAUUAAGAAUUGUAUAGAGCAAAACAAAAAUGGCAUGAACCUAAUUUAUCUAUAAGGACUUAAAAGAAGUAACAAUUUAAUUAAGACGAGAGACAAAAUUCUAUGAAUUCGAUUUAUGAUGAUGAAACGAUUUAAAGAAACUAAUUUUUGUGUGUAUGUGUGUGUGGUAUAUCGAAAAAAUACAUAAGAAAAAAAAACAAACAAGAAAAUCAUUAUAGAAAACACUCAUUUAUAGAAAUCGUAAGGACAUGUAUAGUAUAAAGAUCAUGAAAAAGGAUUUAAACAUUCCGACAAAAAAAUAAAUAAAGAUUUAAACAAAGCAACAUUUACUAACAAAAUGCAGCAUUUUUAAUUCCAAACAAACAAACAAAAACAUUUGCCGACAAAUCAUCAUAAACACAUAACGUUUUUUUUUUUUGAAGAGAGAACAUUUCUAACAAACAUAAAGGUGUCGUUUUAGUUUAAUCUUAUCCAUCACUAAUUUGCUUUUUAAUGUCGAAAUACAAAACACACAAAUUUUCAAUUACAAAUUGAAUUUUGAUGCGAAUAACUCUAGACACACAGUUUACUUCAUUUUCUCAUCUAGAAGAUGUUCAUGCAUGAAUAUGUACAAAAUCAUUUAAACAAAAAGAGUAAAACUAAACAAAAUGAGAAACAAUGGCAAAAUGAUUUAUUAAGGAAGAAAAAUCAAAUCGAUCUAUUAUUAUUAUU